AUGGCCGAUCAGGUUGCCGAGAAGCCCGAGGUUGAGGCUCCUGCAACCGACGCGCAGGAAGCUCCUGCUACUGAGAAAACUGUGGAGCCAUCAUCAAACGGAGACGACGCCGCGAAGGCCGAUGGCGAAGCAAACAAGGAGGAAACAAAGACCGCUGAGGAAAACAAGGAAGCCGGAAGCUCAGAGAAGCCCGUCGAAAACACAGGCGCGACCGAAGCCUCAAAGACCGCUGACGAGAGUGCCGACGUUGAAAUGAAGGACGCGACCGAGACCCCGGCUGCCGGGGAGACCAAGACAGAAACCUCGGCCCCAUCAGUUGACGGCGAGACAGCGACUGAGAAUGCUGCCACUGAGACUCCCUCGUCAAAGGGCAAGAAUAAUCGACGCAAGUCGACUGGUGGCAACACCCGCAAGAGCCUGAGCAAGAAGGCCUCCAAGGCGCGUCUUGUCACGCAUCUGGAUGCCAAGCCAGGAGACCACUUCUUAGUCAAGCUUAAGGGAUUCCCCGCUUGGCCUGCUAUCAUUUGCGAUGAAUCAAUGCUGCCUCAAGCUCUGGUUGAUAGCCGUCCGGUAGCUGCGGCACGACCUGAUGGCACCUACACAGAGGCCUAUGCCGAUGGUGGCAAACGUGUCAACGAUAGAACAUUCCCUGUCAUGUAUCUUCACACAAACGAAUUUGGCUGGGUGCCCAAUAGUCUCCUGACAGAACUCACGCCUGAGAAGGCUCGAGAAACCAUCACUGAGAAGAUGCGCAAGGAUCUCAAAGAGGCUUUCACACGCGCAGCCGAACACAAUGAUCUCGAUACCUAUAAGGAUAUGCUCAAGCAAUUCCAAGACGAACUGAUCGCUAAGCAGCAAGCUGCCGCAACACCCAAGAAAUCCAAGAAGGGCAAGGGCAAGGCCUCCGACGAAGAUGUCGAUAUGGAGGAUGUCGAUGAUACCACAGCGGAGAAGGCAAAGUCGAAGAAGCGCAAGGCUGAGGAUGACGUGAGCACACCACAAAAGACCGACUCGGUUAAGAAGCCAAAGAUUAAGCUCAACACCUCGACGCCCAAGGCUGCCAACGGCACUCCCAAGGCCAAAGAAGAAUCUGCGGCUAAAACCAAAGUCAAGGUCAAGAAGUCUGCUGAUAAGAAGGCUGAGAGUAGCAAGAAGGCCAAGAUGACCCCUGAGGAGCGACGACACCACAAGGAGAAGGAGGUCCUCUACCUGCGCCACAAGCUUCAACGAGGUCUCCUCACCAGGGAUCAACAACCCCAGGAGUCAGAGAUGGAGCAAAUGUCUGAAUACGUUACCAUGUUGGAGAAUUUGAAGGACUUGGAGGUGUCUAUCAUCCGCGGGACCAAGAUCAACAAGGUUCUCAAGGCCAUGCUCAAGCUGGAGUCAAUCCCACGGGAGGAGGAAUUCCACUUCAAGGACCGUUCGCAAGUUCUUUUGGACAAGUGGAAUAAGCUCCUGACUGCUGAGCCCACAGCGCCUGCUGCCGAGUCCACCAACGGUGUGAACGGCAAGUCGGAAGCUAAGCCGGAAGAGAAGAACGACGACAGUGGCAAGAAGACCAGCGAAGAGCCCAAGUCGGAUUCCCCAAAGGCCUCUGAGCCCAAGGCUGAUGAGGCCGAUAAGUCGGAAGAGGAGAAGAUCGAGGAGACACCACAAGCCUCGGCUUCUGAAGAGAAGAAGGACGAUGUCGCCUAUAUUUUUGACCCUGAAGACGAUGGGACACAGAAGAAGUCUACUAAACGCAGAAGAGUGUCAAAACAAGCACAGAAAUCUGAAGAUUCAUCGCCUUUUGUGCCUUUGCUCAACGGUGCCGAGAAGCAUGAGUUUGUCCAACUAAGGGAGUCCCUAUUUCAGGAGAGCUGGACAAAGGUUGAUGAACGCAUUGAGGGAAUCCUUAAAAACUCAAACUUUGAAACUCUCCACGAUGUCAGCGAUUUUGUUAAGGAUGCAGUAACAGACUCUGGGGAUAGGAUCCCUUCAACUUUCAUCAUUACCGGACCCAACAUCGCUUCACAGGAUCUUCUCUUUCAACAACUAUCAGAGACACUUCAACAAACAACACAAAGCAAGUUUGUUGGCUUGAGGUCUUCCGAGGCAUCAACCCUCAAGGCAGCGUUGAAGAAGAUCAUUCGGGAUGUCACAGCCAAGGCUUCUGACGAUGAAGACGAUAAUCUUCAAGUUGGAGACGGUCGUGAGGGCCGAAGGUAUCUUGACUAUGAUCUUGAAGCAUUGCACGCAUUUAUCAAAUCUCAGAACUGCGAGCAUGUUUUUGUCGCAUUUCAAGACAGUGAGGGUUUUGACAGCAGUCUGUUGUCCGAUUUGAUCAUUCUCUUCAACUCGUGGCGCCCACGUAUCCCUUUUACUUUGCUCUUUGGUAUCGCGACAUCAGUCGAGCUCCUCCAAGCCAGGUUGCUCAAGGCUGCAUGCCAGCAGAUUUAUGGAGCACAGUUUGACGUUGUCCAGACCUCAGCCAUUCUUGAGACCGUCUUCAAAACAGCCGUGGCAGCGUCGGAUGCCCCUGUGUUGAUGGGAACGUCGCUUCUUUAUAGCAUGCUUGAUCGUCAACAUAAUCAAGUCUCAGGUAUCCAGACCUUUGCAAUGUCAUUAAAGUACGCUUAUAUGUGUCACUUCUACGCAAACCCUCUCAGUGUUCUUUCACAUGUCCCAUCGUUCCAAGCAGAGCACAUCGAGGCAAUCCGACACACAGACUCUUUCAAAGAAACUGUGGAAAGGGCAGUGGAAACUGGGGUCUUGGAGAACGUGCAGUAUGCCAAAGGUUUACUCGAAGACAACGAGUUCCUGGCUUCGCAAGUUCAAAAUAGCCUCACUGAACGCCAAGAGCGUAUCGAAGAUUUCCUUCGAGCAUUGCUCAUUGCCAAGGAGGCAGAAGCGCAAGAUAUUGAGUUUUCCAAAGCCUAUGUUGAUGCUUUGGAGGAUGGUGUUUCAAUAACAGAUAACUCAAGGGCUAUCGAAUCGGUACGACGUAUGGAUGUCAAUGAGCUGCUGGCUCUACUUGGCAAGAUGGUAGCAAUUCUGCGAGAUGGAGACGUUGAUCUGCUACUUGGCCCAGCAACCAAGCAAACAGAUGUUGAUUUCCGAAAUGCGCUAUCAAAACAACUUGCAAACCUGGAGCAGCUGCAUUCAAAAGCACAAAAGGAGAGCAUCACUCUGCGAAGCAAGUACAGUGGUCAGGGCAAAGUUGCGCGAACCACUGUUAUUGCACAAAGAGUUCAACUGAGCCACGAUUCAGCAGCACUUACAGAUGAGGACAAGCAACUUACUCAAAUCAUUGAUGAUGUUACUGCGUUGCUCGUUAAGCACGUCCAGGCUUUGAGGCCUGGUUCCCUUUUGUCGUCGGAAAGCUGGCUGUACGAUUCUCGGGCCCCAUCGCAGGAUGUGUCUGUGCCUCGACCGAGGGCAGUCCUAGAGCGCGGCCUUACAAGACCGCACGACUACCUGUCCUGCUCAUGCUGCAAACCAGGUGACGGAGAACUCCCCGCAACGCUGCCGGCCACUGCACUCUUAUAUCGUCUAUACACGGAGACGGGAAGUCUGAUUAAUGUGGCAGAUCUAUGGACUGCAUUUUCUGCGCUGGUAGGCGACGAGGAAACGGACGAACGCAAGUCGCUGGUCAUGUUUUACCGUGCUCUGGCUGAGCUGAGGGCUUUGGGAUUUGUCAAAGCAAGCAAAAAGAAAGCGGAUCAUAUUGCCAAGCUGAAGUGGCUCUAA